GGAAAGUACAAUCGCACCCCUAUAUAAAGCGGAUAAAAUCAGUGAGAUUAUCAUCUUCGAGACCAUCAGCCACUGAUAAAGAAACCAGCACCUCAAGAUCUGAUCAUCGACCGACCACAGACUUAAACAUGAGGCCGCACUGCAUCUUCAUCGCCUGUCUUGUGCUCUUCGCCUGCUGCUCACUGGCUCGCAGUAAAUUCAGCCAAGGUCCCGAUAAGUGCUGCUUUUCUUUUUCCAAUGUAAGAAUCCCAGUAAAGCAGGUUGUGAGUGUUCACACCACACAUUUUGAGUGUCACAGGAGGGGUAUCAUUUUCAUCACAAAAGAUCAAAGGGAGAUCUGUGCCGACCCGAUGGAGAAAUGGGUUGAGAAACUGAAGAAAUCGGUGGACACUCGCACAUUACGUAACAUCGAGUCCGAGAUCAGCUCUGGGGAAAAAGCCUGAGAUGUGAACGCUCUUCUCUUUUCAAACUAUUGCUUUGAACAGUUUCUAAACUGUUUGUACGUAAAAAAAAACAA